AUGCACGCAGUUGAGGGGAGAUCUUCCACAAGCACUACAGACCGCAUAACACACUCCGGAUCGGAUCCUGAUUCGUCCUCAGACAGUAACCAUGACAACGGCGAUGAUUACCAUGACACGCGUAGCUGCACAACGUAUGGGGAAGGUGAUGGUACGAAUGCGAUGCGUAUGUACCUGUACGAACUGCAGCAGCAAAAUAGCGACUUACAAGAAGUG